AUGCUAAAGAUAACCAAGGGUGCUGCGAGUCAUUUGUACAUGUGCAUGGUGCAGUCAUGUGAAGGGCGAUGCCCCACGCCAGAGCGCCAUGGCAGGCAGCUAGACUCGUGGGAGCGUCACAAGCGGGAGUUGAUAGUUGAGACAUGCACUGGACAUGCUGGCGGUCGGUCGUGCUCUGAAGGCAGUUUCCCACAAGAUGAUGAUGGUGCCGACUUUGCCGGGGCAUGUGUGGAGAGGACGCGCGGUGGAGGUUGGAGGAUCUCGGAAGUCUUCGCGCCGCCAUUGGAGGACCCUGAAUCUGAAUCUCACUCGCGCGGCGCCGUAGGGACAGCAGGGGCUGCCGUUGCGACAACCCCAAAGACAGAUAUCCGCAGUCAGCAGUCAGCAGUCAGCAGCCAGCAGUCCGCAGCCAGCAUCGCUCGCUUUGUCCCCGCCCAACCGCCUUAUAUGCCUGAGUCCAUCCCGCUCAGGUCGAAGAAACCUAAACCAACUCUCCGGCCCGACGACCAGGACAGCGGACGCAGCAGCAGCCCCGUAGUAGUAUCUGGCAUCAGUUCCCGCCAGCUUUCGCGCACAUCGUCGCCCUUUGCCGACCAUCCGCGCAAGACAGUGCCCAAGGACCCCGACAGCGACUUUGACGACUGGGAUGAACACGACGCGAGCAUGCCCUCAGACUUGCGGCCAGAACUGGGCGGGGACCAUCGCGCGCCGCUGCUAGGCGCGCAUGGCAAGGACGAGGACGAGGGCAUCGACGAGGGCAUGAGCCGCAGCACACAUCACUUCCACGAGAGGGAUCCCCAGAGCCAGGCCAAGUUCGAGACAAGGAGAAAGUACACGUAUGCCGCCAUCACCCUGGCAUUGAGCCUGGUCAGCUUCACGGUGCAGACGGAGACGGCCGUGUACAUCCAGCACCAGCUCAAGUGGGAGAAGCCAUAUUGCAUGCUCUACAUGACCCACGGCUCCUGGAUCGUCCUCUACCCCGUCAUGCUCUUCUUCCUGCGUCUCCAAUCAUGGUCCACGCCCCUCCCCGUCUUCUGGCGCCGGCACACGCAGCUCUUGCGCCAAAUCGCCCUGACCGUCGAGCACCAGACCCUCCACCCCACGCCGCGCCAGCAGCAGAACUCGCCCGUCCCGUACAUGGUGAAGAUGACCACCUUCAUCACCUGCGCGCUGACCCUCGCGGGCGGCAGCUGGUACGUGGCCGUGAACCAGACCACGGCGAGCGAUUUGACCGCCAUCUACAACUGCAGCGCCUUCUUUGCCUAUGCCUUCAGCAUCCCCAUCCUGCACGAAAAAGUCCGAACAAGCAAGGUCGUCGCCGUGGCAAUUGCCAUAGCUGGUGUCUUCAUCGUUGCAUACGGCGACACAUCGCCUGCCAAACACGGAUCCAAGUCCGGCGGCGGCGCUGGCGGCGACAAAGCACCUCCCAGCCACGAGGCCGAAAACCGCGCUUUCGGCAACUUGGUCAUUGGUGUAGGGAGCGUCUUGUACGGGUUUUACGAAGUCUUGUACAAGCGCCUCGCCUGUCCGCCCGAGGGCGCGAGUCCUGGCAAAGGUGUCAUCUUCGCCAACAUGUUCGGAAGCUUGAUCGGCCUCUUCACCCUCAGUGUGCUGUGGAUCCCGCUGCCCAUUCUACAUUACACGGGCUGGGAGGAGUUUGCGCUACCGAGAGGUGAACAAGCGAGCAUGAUGGCCAUUUCGGUGCUGGCCAAUGCUACAUUCUCUGGAUCCUUCCUGGUCCUCAUUUCCCUUACCUCGCCCGUUCUAUCCUCGGUGGCGGCGCUUCUUACCAUUUUCAUCGUUGCCAUUGUCGACCAGCUUCUUCCGCCGCCGCUCAACUCGCCGCUUACGCCUGCCGCGAUCGUUGGUGGUAUUUUGAUUAUUGGCGCAUUUAUUCUGCUAUCAUGGGCUACAUAUAAGGAGAUGGACGAGGAGAGGCGGCAUAAAUUAGAAGAAUCACCAAGCGAAAUUGAGGAUUAGAUGCCCUCUAUCCCGCUCCGUACCACUGGGUUGGUGCCUUGAUCAUAAGCUUUACUUUUGUUUACAUAGCUUGGGCAUAUAGCCUCCUUAGCCACAUAGGACUGGCUAGAAGGGCAUAUGGCGGUGGGGAAAAUAUGCAUAGAUGGCGCACUGGCGUAUAUAUGGGCACCCAGUGCUCUUGAUGGGAUCAAUAGAACCCUUUUUGUCUUCC